UCUUUCUUCCGGUGCCGGAGGUCGGCGGAGGACGGGCAGGGCGGCGGUGCAGGUGGCACCGAGGCGGACGCGGGAGCGUGCUGUGGGCUCACCCCGAGGGGACAACCGCCGGGCGCGCGGAGCCGGGGCCGCGCCAUGCGGGCUGGGCGGCUGCUGGCGCGGGCAGGCAGUCUGGCUGCGGCCCCGCAGGAGGGGAGCAGAACACACGUGUGGAGUUUUGUUCGUAGUCUCCAUGGCAAGAGUGGCACAUGGUGGGACGAACAUCUUUCGGAAGAAAACGUCCCAUUCGUUAAGCAGCUCGUGUCUGAUGAAGAUAAAGCCCAGCUGGCCAGUAAACUGUGCCCUCUCAAAGACGAGCCUUGGCCUCUGCAUCCUUGGGAACCAGGUUCUUCCAGAGUCGGCCUGAUCGCUCUGAAGCUGGGCAUGAUGCCCUUAUGGACCAAGGAUGGUCGCAGGCAUGUGGCGACACUUCUCCAGGUACAGGACUGCCAUGUGCUAAAAUACACUUCAAAGGAAAACCAUAAUGGAAAAAUGGCAGCCCUAACUGUAGGAGGAAAAACUGUGUCACGCUUCUGGAAAUCUCCCUCAAUAUUGGAGUUUUAUCGAGAGCUUGGCUUGCCGCCGAAGCAGAAAGUCAAAAUCUUCCACGUCACAGACAAUGCUGUGAUUAAGCCAGGCACGCCUCUGUACGCUGCUCACUUCCGCCCAGGACAGUACGUGGACGUCACAGCCAAAACGAUUGGUAAAGGUUUCCAAGGUGUCAUGAAAAGAUGGGGCUUCAAAGGACAGCCUGCUACUCACGGCCAAACCAAAACCCACAGGAGACCCGGCGCGAUCUCAACUGGUGAUGUUGCCAGAGUCUGGCCUGGAACCAAGAUGCCUGGACAGAUGGGCAACGUGGACAGGACAGCAUACGGACUGAAAGUGUGGAGGAUAAACACAAAGCACAAUAUAAUCUACGUGAAUGGCUCUGUGCCCGGACAUAAGAACAGCUUAGUAAAGGUCAGAGAUUCCAAUCUGCCUGCAUAUAAGGAUUUCUGCAAAAACCUGCCAUUCCCUACUUAUUUCCCUGAUGGAGACGGGGAGGAGCUCCCUGAAGAUUUGUACGACGAGGACGUGUGUCAGCCCAGUGCCCCUUCUAUAACGUUUGCCUGAUGCCACUGGGCGUGGCAGAGCUCGUGUGAACAGUG